AUGGCCCAGCUGGAGCUGCUGUGGGCAGCUGCGCUGAUGCUGCUCGGGGCCGCCGUCAGCCUCUGCAUCAAGUGCCAGCUCUCCGGGAGCAGGACUGAGUGCAGGUAUCAGAAUUUCCUGACAGAGGACUGCCUGCGAGGGGACCCUGCCUACGUGGAGCCCCUGUCUCUGGAUUACUACAACUGUGCCCAGUUCUUCACACCACCCAACGAGAAAGAGGAGGAUUCCAAUUCCUAUCAAAACGUCAUCAUUGGAGUGCCUCACGGCUCUGAACUGGUCACCGAUGACACUACCGACUAUGAGAACAGCGCGGCGAUACACAGAUGGAAAGUCCAGCAAGUGGAAGCCCUGCAGGCAGAAAGCCCAGAUGAUGAGCCAGACUACGUCAACACGACCCCUGCGUCAGGCCCUGCCCCGCUGUCAAAGCAAAGGUAA